UAAACAGUGACACAAGUCAACGAGCUAUAAAACAUUAACCAACAGCACGGUGUCUGACACAAUUUUACUCACAGUGAUCAGUAUUGGAACCACAUCAUUUACUUUCCCUAUAUUUAUCACCACAUUCCUGUCAAAAUCUUUUUUCGGCCAACAAAGACAUGAAGCAUUGCCUUGUGGUGUUUACGCUGCUUUUUAUAUUUAGGUUUGGACAUUUGGCCUCAGACAAAGUGAAAUGCAAUGAAAUCUCAAGGUUGGAUGCUCAACGUGCAGUGGGUACUUCGAUAGCCAAACUUGGCUUGAAGCUUUUAGAGAAUCUACAGCCUGGGCCUGAGCAACCAAAUAUAAUUAUAUCUCCUCUAAGUGUUUCUCUAGCACUUGCUGAACUCGCUCUGGGUGCAAAAAACAAGACAGAGGAGAAGUUAUUAGAAGUCCUUCAGGCACAUUCAAUAACUAAUUUUCAUGAAACCUUAAGCUGUCUGCAAGAACAACUAAAUGCAAAGGCUGUCAAAAUGGCAUCCCGUCUCUACCUCAUACCAGGUUUUACUGUAAACCAAGACUUUGUGGACAGAUCUAGGCACCUGUAUAAAUCGGAACCUGCACAGCUGACCUCAAUUAAAGAAGUCAAUCAUUGGGUGGAGGAAGCCACCAAUGGUCACAUAACCAACUUUAUGUCCAGUCUUCCACCUAAUAUCAUUCUAAUGCUGAUAAAUGCCAUCCAUUUUAAAGGAGAAUGGCAAUCUCGCUUUGACUCAAAGCUUACCGUAAAGGAUUUCUUCUACAUUGACAAAAAAGCCUCUGUAAAGGUAGACAUGAUGAUGGAAUCCAGAUAUCCACUCAGUAUGUUUGAGGAUGGAAAGGAUGGAACUCAGGUCGCAAGAUUCCCCUUCCAAGGAAACAUGAGCCUUCUGGUGGUAAUGCCAGCACAUGGAAAUCUGUCAACCACGGCUGCCAAACUCAACAUAUCCGACCUGUAUAAACAUUUUCCAAGGGAAAAGUCCAUGCAUGUGAAACUUCCUAAAUUCAAGCUCGAGUCCAAACAGGAUUUGAGGCAAGCACUUACAAACAUGGGUCUGGGCAUGUUGUUUACCGGGCCUGAACUAUCCAGAAUCGCUCAAGGCCCAUUAGUGGUGUCAGGUGUUCAACAUGCCUCAAGUAUGGAACUGAACGAACAGGGGGCCAAAGCCUCGGCGGCGACCUCUGUUACACUCGUGCGUACCAUUCCUAUGUUUGCAGUAAACAUGCCUUUUAUCUUUGCACUGGUGGAUGAUGCAUCCUACACCCCUCUCUUCCUGGGAAUGGUCACCAACCCCAAUCCUGGAUCGACAGCUGAACCAAGCGAUGAGCCACAAACUGAAAAUGACAGCAGAACUGCACCAAGCACACUGAGUGAUGGCCCACAUGAAAACAUGCUAAGUUACAUGUUAAAUAUGUGGAGGGAAACAGUCCCACAGCAGUUCCUUGGACAUCAGGAAAUGGAACAAGGGAACUAAAAGGAAAUAUGUGCAUGGAUCUGUCUAUAUUACAGACUUUGCUCGCUGUAUGUCCUGCAUGACCUGCAUUACAGUACAUAGACAUGCAACACCUAUGAAGAUGACCAUUGUUUAGUUUUUGGUUGAAAAAACAGUUGGGGAAAGUUAUGUAACUCUAACUUUAAUCGGGAAAGUUAUGUAACUUUGAGAAUUUUUGUAAUGAUUAAUAUGUGUGGUUGUACACAAUGACAAAUUAAAUCACAUUAAUAUGCCAUGAGGACAAAUUAUACGUUUAAUCCUAAUAAUGAUAUGCCUGUAAUAGUAUCAUAAAUGUACGUUGUAUUUUGCAAAUACACUCUGAUUUUCUGUUUUUCCUGAAUUGCGUGUACAGAAGUAUUAAUUCAAGUGCAUCGCCCUAGCAUUAUUUUAUGCUAACAGUUA